AUGAGGGGAUUAGUCCUGGUGUUGGCCCUUUGGGGGGUGGCAGCCACAACAGAGAUAGACUGGAAGCCUUCAAGACAGCAGGGAGGAAACCUCCUUCCAACAAGAGCAACGGCAAGGAGAUCAGCAACAACAGCCAGACUGACAGCUCACACUAGACAGGAGAGCCUUCCUGAACAUCGUCCUGUCAUCAGAAUAGCAGCAGAAACGUGGCAGCCAUAUUUCCUGAUCAGCUGUGACGGUGGUGGCACUCCUGUGUACUCUGGCAUCAUGUGGGACCUUCUCUUGAUUAUCUUAGAUAAGAUGAAUCUCAGGUUCGAGAUUGUGCGUCCUCCUGAUGGGUUAUGGGGCGUGGCUGACGCUAAUGGGUCGUGGAACGGCAUGUUGGGAAUGAUUCAGAGGCAGGAGGUGGAUAUGGCCCUGGGUCCCUUCGCUGUGUCGUACCAGCGUACCAAAGUAGCAGAUUUCCCAGCUACUAUCUUCGUGCUCCCUCACCGUUUGUACCUGGCCAGACCCACAGGCUCGUACAGUCUUGGUGACUUCGUCAGGCUGUAUCAACCCAAGGUGUGGGUGAUUGUGUCACUCAUCACACAGGUGUGGGUGAUUGUGUCACUCAUCACACAGGUGUGGGUGAUUGUGUCACUCAUCACACAGGUGUGGGUGAUUGUGUCACUCAUCACACAGGUGUGGGUGAUUGUGUCACUCAUCACACAGGUGUGGGUGAUGGUGCUGGUGAGUAUCGUCGUGACUACAGCAGCAGUAUGGCUCACUACAGGCGUCAAAGGCUCUUUUAACCCCGUCAAGAACACCUCCUUCAGAAGGACCACCACCUCCUUCACAUACAUAUUCCUGCACGUGUGGGGCGCCCUCCUACAGGCGUCUGCCUUGGAAGGAGCGAGGUGCAUGGCUGUUGAUGGAAUUGGCUGUGGUGGCAGGGUGCUGGCUGCACCUACGGCAGUGCUGGUUGCUACAGACAUGCAGUGUGGCACUUUCCUUCUCACCCGUGGACAGCUGUGGAACAGACAGUGUUCCUGGAGGUGGGAACAGGGAGGCAUCAUCCUGCAGACUUUUAAGACGGCUGAGGUGAAGCUGUACAAGAAACUACUGGCUGGGUCAGAGGGUGUCUUCCCAGACUGCUUCGCUUCUCGCUACGACAUCGCUCAGGGGAAGUUCGCAGGUCUGUGCGAUGUGCUUGCCGGGGAGAUGAUGGUAGCCGAAAGCUACUCCGAGUCUGGUCGUUGCGAGUUCUUCAGUCCUCGUGAGAACAUCGUCACUCACUCCUACACUAUGAUCAUGAAGAAAGGAUCGACUCUCACUAACCAUCUCAACUUCUGGUUGAGUCAGCUGCAGGAGAGAGGUUGGGUGGAACAGCUGGUCAGGAGAAGUGUCAACAAUGGCAGUAUAUGCAACCUUCCACCAGGCCAGGAGGAUGGUCACCAUCCACCUACACCUCUCACUAUAUACCAGAUGUGGGGAGUCUUUGCCAUACUGGUAGCAGGUGUUGGAGUUGCUGGACUGACCUUCCUAGUGGAACUCAUCAUCACACUGACUUCUAAAUAAUACACACUUGCAAAUAUUCCUCUUCUGUUGUGCCGAGAGAACACUAUGGCUGGCCAAGACUCGCUAUCAAGUGAUUGUUUGGCUGGCCAAGACUCGCUAUCAGAUGAUUGUUUGGCUGGCCAAGACUCGCUGUCAGAUGAUUGUUUGGCUGGCCAAGACUCGCUAUCAAGUAAUUGUAUGACUGACCAAGACUCAUUAUAAAGGUACUGUCGACUCAUGAUUCCUUCCAGUCAAUAAGCUGCAGGUAUAAUCUAAAUCCAGUGUUGAUCAUUUACCAAGUGUACUAAUUUUAUUCACAGUCUACACUGAUUGUUCAGCAUUAUUAUUAUGUGCAACAAAGAGAAUUGAAAACUGGUUUCAGAAA